GAAAGAUUGAAACAUUUAAAUUAAUAAUACACUUAACAAAUAAAGUAUAUUUUAUAUUUCUUUAAAAUAUUUUCUACAAACACACAUCAAAUUUAUACUAAUACCAGUUUAUUUGCGUGACUUUUAUUAAACUGACAGUAGAUACUGUCUUGGGUAUUCCAAUGUGUUUUACGUCACAGGUGACUUAAUUUCGCGUAUUAUUGAUCGCUUUAGAAAUUUAAAGAGUGUUCUAGUCCUGAGUGUAGUGUACUAGGCUUAUUUAUUUAAGGGUCGGAUAUUAUCUUUAAACAGGAUUUUAUAGUGGUACGUCACGAGGAAGACGGGGACAAGAAGUGUUCUGGAUAUUGCACUUAGAGGUCUGAUAUUGAUUCAUGAAUAUGAAAUAUAAAUAAACAAUUGUAUUGACUUUAGGUAUGAGUUAAUGAAUUUCCAUUGACUGUGAAUAAAAUAGCCUCUUGUUAUUUAAAGGCAAUAUGGCUUUAAGUUUUCUGUGAUCAGUUGUUCUACUGUGAUUUCAUAUUAACAUUUGAAAACAUUUUAAAGAUGAACCUUGUGCAAAAUUUUCAUACCACUUGUUUCAAAACACUGUGAAUGGAUUAAAGAAGAUACUUUUCCAUAUUGAGAUGGCGCACGAGAUACAUUUAAAAAACAACAAUUACCGGCAGUGGGUCAAGGCAGGCCUAGGCUUAGGUUAUCUUAAAGAGGGACUCGCACAAUUUUGUGAUGACAUAGCAAAGCUGCAGCACAAAGAUAUUAUAAACCAAAUUCUAGGAGAAAAGACGCCUAAACCAAAUGUACCAUGUGGCGCCUGUCAGAUAACAACUCUCCAGCCAGACCACGUCCGAGUCUCAAAAGGAAUUUGUCCUCUCAUGCAAGAUAAAUGUAACUGUUGCUUUCCAAAUAAGAAACCCUGUCCAAACAACGUUUGUGGUGCCAUCUAUGACAGCAUUAUACAGAAUCAUGCAUCAAUACCACCAGCACCUUUUUGGAGAAACAGCGAUGCCCGUGAUUGGUCUGUUGACCCAUGGAGCAUUUGUAAAUGUUUUAUUAAUGCUCCUGGGUACAACGACAAGACGUCAGCAGUCGACGUAGAUUGUUCAGGGUUACUACAUGUUAUCAUCAAUAACAAAUAUUUUCAUAAUCACGUUGGAUGCAAUGUAACAGGACCAAACAAUUUGUUUUCAAAGGUAAGACAGUUUCGAAAUGAGAUUUUUCACUCAAGCAGUAUGAAGUUGGAGGAAACAGACGCAAAUUCAUACAUUGAUGAUAUGAUUGCAGUGCUACAAGAUAGUAAGGAGCUUGUAAAUUAUCCAACUGCACAACAGGCUGUCGGGAAACUCCUAGAUUUGAAGAAGAAGGACUUCAUAAUUACUACUGAAGGCUUUGAAGACUUUAUGAGAGCAACCAAAAAUGCUGCAACUAAAGAAGAAUGUGAGGGGCUUGAAAAUAGAUUAACUGUCCUUGAAACACAGAUGUCCGAAGAAAAAGAGGAGAAACAAAGACUCAAAGUAGAAGAUUCUGCUCAACAAAAACAGUUAGAAUAUGAAAAGACUAAAUCAGAGCUCAAAGAUGGUUUGAUUGAAUUCUACAAAACGAGACACAGUAAAGUUUUUCUUUCGCCCCUUUUUCAAGAAAAUGACACGCCUUUGGCUUCUUUUUACAUAAGACCCGAAUUGACCUUAUUUAUCUCAGCACAGACGAGAAAUGAAGAGAAAACACCAGUCAAAUCGUUAUCGGCGAUGUUUAAAACCGGAAAUCAAGCUAACCGAGAAAUACAUGUUAUUGCUGAUGCUGGUCUUGGAAAAACUGCAUUUUCAAAUUAUCUGGCGAUCACGUGGUGUCAAGCUCAUUUUCCAGAUCAAGACAUGACUCAAUCUAUAGAAAAGGAUGAUAUAGACUGUAUGAAGGAAUUUGAUUUCUUAUUUCUGGUCUUACUGCGAGAUUCGAACGAUUUAUGUUCUAUAGAUGAUCUUAUAUCUGAAAAGGUUAUCUCAAAUUUGGGUCUACAACAAAAGCCUUCCGGAGAUUUUCACCUUAAAAUUUUGACAAAUGAGAAAUGCCUCGUUAUACUUGAUGGAUUAGAUGAAUGGACCCAUCCUGAGAAAGACUGUCACAGAUCGCCGCCAUCAAUCCCCCAUAGGAAUGACCGAGAAAAGUGUACAAUACUGACCACUACGCGACCAUGGAAAUUAAGCGUUUUGAAUCUAAAUUCGUCUCAAAUAGGAAAAAAGGUAGAACUUUCAAAACUAAGUUACAAAUCAGCAGUUACACUUACAGAAAGGAUGUUACAAAAAUUGAAAUCUCACCCGAAUAAGGAUGCUUUACAAAGUGAUGUCUCAGCGUUUAUAUCAGGAAUAAAAGGUAGACAAAACGCCCAACUUAUUUCUAUGCCUCUACUGUUGAAAUAUACAAUUUGUUUAUGGUGCGACGGUGUUGAAAUAGGAAAUUCAAAAUGCGAACUCUAUAUAAAUAUUGUAGAAAUGCUCUUGUCAAGAACGAUUCAGACGCAUAAAAAACUUCAACAAUUGUGUGACCUUUCUGAUGGUGAUAUCCCAGAAUGCUUUGCUGAAUAUGAAAACUGUACAAAAUACUACCCACUCCUGAUGAGUUUAGGGAAACUAGCUUAUAAUACAUUAUUCAAUGAAACAAAAGAAAACACGCUUGUAUUUGAUGGAUCAGUUGCUAGAAAAUAUCUCACACCAGACGAGAUGAAAUUCACUCUUCACUCAGGAAUGUUGUCAGAAAGUACAUCCAAAACACUAACAAAAAAGUAUAGCAAAGUUUCGUUUUCCCACAAAACAGUGCAAGAAUUCUUUGCCGCAAUAUUUAUUAGUUCUCACAGUGGCGCUCAGAAAAUUGUUCUAGACAAUUGUAGAAAUAUUCAAGACAUUCUGGACAUGUCAAAAAUUUGUGAAUUUAUAAGUAAAAUGAAUCCUGACAGGAUGUGUGCAAUAUCAAAAGAUUUAAUGUCUGUGAUAAAUGAAGACGAGACAACACGCGACUAUAGAACUAGGACAGGUGGCCAGUACAUGUACUAUUCUCCAUUGUAUGACAUACAGGAAAUGUUUAUUUCGUGUUUACAGGAAAUGCCUGAAAGUGACAAUGUUCAAUUAUGUUUACAAGAUUUCUUCAUUGACAAGAAUACCGAGCAAGGUGGCCAGUUCAAACGUUUGUUAAAGCAAAAUACAACCAACAUAAAAUCACUUCAUAAAAACACCAUCGGUUCUGCUAGCAGUUUAAGUGAAAUUAUAGAUUUAUUCUCUCACAGUCAUAUACAGACACUUUACUAUGAGGGUGACAAGGAUGAGUCUGAGAUAAAUCGGAUGUUGGUUCCCAGUUUGCAGUACGUAACUUUGUGGCAUGGUAAAUGGACAAAUGAUGAAGAAAAUCAGAGUGAAAAUUUGGCGCGAUGUCAAAACUUACAAUAUUUAGAUAUUAGAUACAUCAAGUUAUCUCACAAAAUACUGGAAACAUUUUUCAAUUUCAUCUCAGGUCAAAAAUCAAUGAAAGCGUUAACAUUGAGGGAGUUAGACUGCCAAGAACAUCUCCGCGAUGAUUGUAAGAGAUGGGACUUGGACUUGUCUCAACAUACAACUCUAUCAAAGUUACACUUGGAAGUCCUACCGGGGAGGCUACAAUUAAAUAUAUCAACACCGUCAUUAGUUAAUGUUAUGUUGUGGAGAAUCAAUGUAGAUGAAAGUUCAUUGCUACUGUCACGUGACAUGUUGAAUAUUGAAGAUGUGGAGUUUGGGAAUACAGAAAUAUCUGCAGGGGGUUUACAGAACUUUAUUACCGUGCUGGAAAAUCUGCCACAAUCAGUUACAGUAAAUAUGUCUGCCAUUAAACCGGAAACAGAGUAUGAUCGUGUAAGAGAAGAUAUUCGGAGUUCACAAUCUUUUAAUGUGAUACGAGACCUCUCGUGGAAAUUUGAAUUCAAAACAAUAAAACCAAGCAAAGAAUAGACAAGAAAAAACAUUGUUAAAUAAACUGAAAAACUUACUUCUAUGCUACUAAUUUCAAAUAAACAAAACAAUUUAAAUAUGAACAAUAAGAAACAAAAUGACGACUCUUCAAACUAUACUGUAGUCUUUAAUUAUGACAUAUAUGUACUUCCAUUUUCAAUUGAUAAAUUAAGUGACAUUUGAUUAAAGAUAAAAAAUAACUGAUAAAAAAAUAAUUAAAGGAAGUUUUGAGGAACUCGUUGGAUAUAAAAGUUGCAUUAGGAUUUGGAAAUAUCUCACAGGUAAGUGAUUUUAUUUUGAAUGUUUUAUCUUUAUAUUUAUACCUGAAUAUGUAAGAACUAAAAUAGAUUAUUAACAGUGAACAAUACUCUAAUAAUUUCUGUUACAACCAUUGGAACUACUUUACAUAGCCAUUGUUAUAUUGAUAGCAAUUCUGUACAGUAGCGACCAUUGAAUUUCUUAAGCAAACAGAGAAUUUCAAGCAACCAUGACUUUCCAAGGCAGCCAUUGAAUUGCAAAGGUUUCAUUGGAUCUACUUAGCAACCUGUGAUUUCACAAGUCUUAACUAUCCGUUGGAAUCGUUGAGUCCAUAGAAUCAAGUGACUUCUUUAAGAAACCAAUGACAUCCAUAAUAACCACUGACAAUUGGAACACUGACUUAGCAACUAUUGAUUUUCUUCAUAAACCUGUAAUUUUCAUAGCAAUCAAAGAUAUUCAAUAACAGCUAUUGACAUUCCAUAGCAACCCCUGACUCUCCAUAGCAACCAGCGCCUUCCAUAUGGCAAGCAUUUACUUUUUAAUCUAGCAACUGUUUGCUUCGAUAGUUGUAUGACUUUCCGUUGACAACCAAUGAAUCUUUCAAACUUUCAAGGCAACUACUCCAUAUCUACUAUUGCUUUUGUAUAGCAACCAGUCACUUCCCAACAAACCAUUGAUUUUCUUAGGCAACCUGAAAUUCCCAUAGCAAUUAAUAAUGUUUCAUUGAAAGUAGUGACUUCCAUAGCAACCGUUAACUUUACGUAGCAAGAAUUGUAUAAAAUUGUAAAAGCAGCAAUUAUCUUUACAUAGCAACCAUUGUAUUUCCUAAGCAACCAGCGACCUUUAUAGCAAGCAUUGACUUUUUACUUAUCAACCAUUGUCUUCCAAAAUAAGCAGUCAAUUACUUUCAAUAACAAGCAAUAAAUUACUUUUAUAGCAACCACUGACUUCCAUAGCAACUGUUGAUUUUAUUAAUCAACCAAUGACUUCUGUAAUUUAUUUAUAUUGCUUUGGCAAAAGGAAUAUUAUAACAAAACUCAAAACUAACAUGAAAAGUAAUUCAAAUAUGACCUUGACUAUGAUCUUGUUCAUCAACAUUAUUUAGAUACAAAUAAGACAUUGUUUUGCAAAAUUUUCGCAUUUAUACGAUAUACGUUAAUCUCGUGUCUUAUUUCUUGUUUCAGCGGCCUUGGAUCAAAAUUUUUGUGAUGCAAAAUCUCUUGUGACAUUUUACUUUUAGGAUUUGCGUGGUGAUAUAUCACUUUGAGAAGAUAUGUGUGCAACAAAUAACCUUGUACCUUCCUUGAUAAGAUGGCCCCGGCGCAAGGUGUGUUAUUCAAUUCUAAGUUUGCUUACGGAAUGUUCUUGGUUCUACUCGUAUGUCUGGUCGAGGACAUAUAAUGAUCCAUAUAAAGGAAAAUCAGCUUCAGUAAAUUUACGGUGACAAUGAUGAGAGUUCUAUAAAAAGGGUUAACACCUGGUUCCUGGCUUUAUGGAAACGUGUCAAAAGAUUUUUUUAUAUAAAAAAGAGUUGACCACCAACACCUUGAACUAGUUCCUAGCUGAAACAUUAACAGACCAGAAAACAUUUAAAUUGUUUGUACCGUAAACCUGUUUUCUUCAAGAAAAAAAUACACCUAAGAAGAAAGAUUUAUCAAGGUCGUUGUCAAAUAUUUAAGAGUUCAUUCAGAAAACGUUGUUUGUAUAACACACACACACCUUUUCAACACACUGCAUUACUUCCAUUCUAGACCAACUGAGCUGCGCCAUGUCAAAACCAACAAAGUGCGUUUGCGACCAGCAUGAUCCAGACCAGCCUGCGCAUCCUCGCUGUCUGGUCAGGGUCCAUGCUGUUCGUUUAGUUCGUCUACCAACCCUAUUACAAGUAGAGAAACUGAUAGCGAACAGCAUGGAUCCUGAUCAGACUGCGCGGAUGAACAGGCUGGUCUGGAAACAUGCUGGUCGCAAACGCACUAUGUAAGUUUUGUCAUGGCGAGGCUCAAUUCAUUUUAACGAAAGUAUGAUUAAAUAGUUUUUAUUUAAGUUGAUGUACAUAUAAGAUUAUGUUACGCUAUUUUAGAGUGAAAUAGUUAAACAUAUCUCUAUAUAAUGACUAGCAUUGAAAAAAAGCAUUAAAUGUUUAAAAAAUUAUUUAUUAUUGAUGAGUAUACGUUUUUUGCUUUUCUAUUUUUUUAUGCUUACAAAAAGAAAAAUUGAAAGGUUGCUUUAAUACACACAACAACAAAAAGGGCAAAAACGAUAUGUUGCAUUUUGCUAAUGGUUAUAUCUUAAUAAAAAUAAAAAUAUAUCAUUACUUUUAAUGACUCAACAUGUUAUUUGACCUAGCGUCUGUCCAUUGAUAUAACCGAAGCUUUCAGUAUUUCUUAAAGGAACUCCACUAAGGUACAAAAGCCCCAAAACAUGAAAUUUGAAUUCCUUACAUAGAUUAACUGGGGUACUUUAAACAGAACGAGAUGCAAAAGAUAAUUGAGAAAAACAGUACAAAAUAAAUUUAAAAUAGUAUUUUAUGUUGUUUUUAACCCGAUUUGAGUGAAAAGCGUUGCAACUCUUUUUAAUUUUGGGUCAUUUUUCACAAUUAAAAUAAUUAUUUUGAAAUAACGAAGUAAGGGAAUGAUCUGAAAUUAUGAACACAAGUUAUUACUCUAGUCCUACAUCAAAUGGGACAUUAAUCAUAAUGUCGAAAAAUUAUUUCCAGCACCGUCACGUUAAAAAACUCAGUGGAGUCCCUUUAAGCAAAGUUUUAAUACAUGACAAUAUUUAAAUUUUCAUAAUUUAAAAUCUUUAUAAGGAAUUUAAUAUAAAACUACACAUUUGGUUCUGCGAGAAAACAUUAUCUUAAUCUUGCAUCAGAUGUGUACUUAAAUAAUACAAACAUUAAUAUGGAAAAAAAUUACCGAUGCAGUAUUGUCGGAGUUAUCAUCAUUUACAAUUGACUGUAUGUAUAUAUCUAUAUAACAUUCUUCAUAGCAUAAAAGAAAACACAAGUCGUUAUUACUUCUGUUCAGAUGUGUUUAUCAAUAAUAGGUUGAUUUGUAUAUUGUACAUAAUUUAUUAAUGUAUUGUUUAUCUAUGUUCUAGUUAUAUUUGAUGGGAUUUUUUCGUUUAAUAAUAUUUAAUAUCACAAUAAUUAUAUCCUAGCACAAUAAAGUGGUAGAGAAGGUAUAUACUGGAAUCAGCUUGUUUGUCCAGUCUCCUUGCCAGCCGCCAUUCUUUUUUUCCUUCGAUUUUAACUCAAAAGUGUUGACGGGUGUCAAUUAAAAAAAAUUAUAUCUGAUUAAAUGUCAUAAAUGUGAAGUUUAUUGCCUAUAUCAACUACCCAUUGUACUUCUUAUUUAGUAAAGCAUAACUUGAAACAUAUUGGAUAUAUCACCAUAAACUUUAGAAGAUGACCAUAUUGAGGAAUACUGCAGUGCUGAAAAUCCAUAACUCUGUAUUGCUUGAUUAUGAAGCUACUGCCCGUUAUACUUUGUAAACUUAAUUAAGCUCCACAGCAUAACUACAGAAGUUUUUAUGAUUUCGAAAUAAAAAUUCAUAGAUGAACAGAUCUCAAUAAAAAAACAUUACUAUAAACCCCUAACUUCCUUAUAAUAGGCUUUCGUGCUUUCUCACAUUUAGUUGUAUGCUUAAAAGUGCUGAAAAGUCGUAGAUAGAGGAAUCUCAUUAAGAAUACUGCAGUGUAUGAAAACCAUACCCACUUACAACACAUUUUAUCCUGAAAGUCCGCUUAAGUCUGCAAUGCUUAAUUUUUGUUCCAAUCCAUUGAGGUAAAUUGCUCCCUUGCGCACAUUAACAGAGUUAUUGCCCAUUCUGCAUUGUAACUUUUCAUAUUUUAUUUUUUGCAUGAACACAACUCAUACAUAAUUGGAGUUAAUUGGAGUUUACAAUCUACUUGAAACAAUUUGGUACAUAUAUCUUAUUUGGGUAUAUCCAGUGACAUAAUUUUGUAGUUAUUGGCCUUUGUAAUAGUUUAGACUAAAUUUUAGUGUAGAGCAGCUUACAGUCAAUGUGAUUUUUGAACAUGAAACUUCAUAUUAUCCUUCUGACAAAAGAGCACACAAGGUUACUUGUAUUAGGAGAGAAACUUUUUGAAGAAUUGAUAUUGUAAUGGUAGAAUGUUAUUAUGUUUUUUUUCUUUAAAUAGUGCGGUUAAUAUUCAAUCUGAUACUUGCAAUAUACAUGUAUAUGUGUGUAUUUAUGUACUUUCCAUAUCUUUAUAUUCAAUAUAAGAUAAGACAAUUUUUAGAAAAUAUAAGAAUUAAGAUAUUACUGUAUUACAUAUUAUUUAGUAAAAGUAGAAAAAUAUGUACAAUUACAUUCUGUUAUAUAUAUAAUAUUGAUUAUACUAUCAGUACUUAUUGCAAAUAUGAUAUGAGUACAGAAAUUUUACUUUUUAUGAAUUCAUGUUCAAUGCUUACAUAAUAUUAUAGUCCAUAUCUUAAAUAUAUUUGAUAAAUUUUUAAAUGAA